AUGUCACCGCUCGAACAAAUCUCCACUUUUGUUGUUUUUGUGUUUGUAUUAUGUCUACUAACAAGUUCAGUUUCCCAAGGUUCUGAUUACAGGCUUUCCCCAGAGGAACCCAAAACCGAGUCAACAAAAAUGAUACAAAAUUGGUUAAACCAUGGUGGAGAUAUAUACAACAGAAGAUAUGCCAGCAAGGAACACAAGAUCAGCCUUGAAACUGUUUCCAACCUAAGUUUGAAGUGGAAAUUCUUUGCAGGCAAAGACAUAACUGCAACUCCAGCAAUUUUCGAUGGCACUCUCUAUUUUCCAUCAUGGAAUGGGGACAUUUUUGCAGUGAGAGCAUGUGAUGGAUCACUUGUGUGGAAACAGAACUUGCACAAGUUAACAGGCCUAAAUGCAACAGGCUUUGUACCCGGUGUUAACUGGACAGUGGCAAGGGCAACACCAACCAUAGCAGGUGAACUCCUCAUAGUUGGAAUAUAUGGCCCUGCUGUUGUUAUUGCUGUCAAAAGAUCAACAGGUGACUUAGUUUGGCAAACUAGUUUGGACAGCCACAACUCUGGCGUUGUGACUAUGUCUGGAACUUACCACAGAGGGGCCUUUUAUGUUGGUACAUCUUCAGCAGAAGAAACCCUCAGUAUUGAAGAAUGUUGCACCUUUCGGGGAAGCUUCUCAAAGCUAGAUAUUCAAUCUGGUAACAUCUUGUGGCAAACCUUCAUGUUACCUAAUAACCAUGGAGAACGAGGAGAAUAUGCUGGAGCAGCUAUAUGGGGAAGUAGCCCUUCCAUUGAUGUCUCAAGGAAUCAUAUAUACAUUGCCACUGGAAACUUGUACUCUGCCCCUUUGCACAUACGCCAAUGUCAAGAAAGAGAGAAUAAUUUAACUCGACCAACUCAUCCCGAUGAGUGUGUUGAACCAGACAAUCACUCUGAAUCAUUCAUUGCACUUGACUUGGAUAGUGGUAAAAUCAAAUGGUACCACCAAUUAGGAGGAUAUGAUGUGUGGUUCGUUGUUUGCAAUAACUUGUCAACACCUAAUUGUCCACCAGGUCCUAACCCUGACGCUGAUUUUGGAGAAGCACCAAUGAUGCUCCCAAUUGAUGUAAAUGGAACCAAACUAGACGUUGUUGUUGCUGUACAAAAGAGUGGUUUUACUUGGGCAUUGAACCGAGAUGACGGCAAGCUCAUUUGGUCUACGGAAGCUGGUCCUGGUGGGGUUACAGGAGGUGGAACAUGGGGAGCAGCCACUGACGAAGAAAGGGUCUACACUAACAUUGUUAAUUUAGGUGGCAAAAAAUUUACUCUUUUACCAUCCAACAAGACUACAACUAGUGGAGGGUGGGUUGCAAUGGAGGCAAAGAGUGGUAGGAUCUUGUGGUCCAUAGCCAACCCAAGUAAUGCCACUGCUUUUGGUCCUGUUAGUGUAGCUAAUGGCAUUGUCUUUGUGGGAUCCGCAAAUGUUAAAGGACCUGUCUAUGCAAUAAAUGGCAAGACUGGUGAAAUUAUGUGGUCUUAUGAGACUGGAUCGACAGUGUAUGGUGGAAUGUCCAUUAGUGAUGGGUGCAUAUAUUUUGGAAAUGGAUAUAAGAUAGGUAACGCAUUGGGACUUGGAAACCUCACUUCCGGAACUUCACUUUAUGCCUUUUGCGUCUAA